AUGGCAAAGAUGGGAAGUGCGUUCUACACCGGUAGACAGAAACCAUAUAUGGUCUUGAUCGAAACCGACGUAAAAGACCAUGUCCUAACUUUGAAAUAUGGGCAAAAAUCUGUCAGUGUUAAUAUCGAUGAGGUUUUAGAACGAAGAGACAUCAGAACCGCGAAGUUAUUCCGUGAGGAACAAACCGAUGGUCUCGACUGUGGCGAUGAAGUUUCGGCUUUCCUUUCAGAAGUUCUGGAAGAGCCUGGUUAG